UAUCUCUCCUCUGUACUCAAUCCUCCGUACUCUAAAAACAAGUUCAUCGACAUGUUGUCAUGGUGACGUUAACACCUCGUCCAAAGUUUGACCGUUUCCUCAAGGGCCCUCCGAGAAGCAUUUCGCAAAUAUCAGCAAAUUCUUCCUUGCAAGACAGAAAGUUGUUUGUCGGCAUGCUCAAUAAACAGCAAACAGAAGAUGACAUACGUCAGUUAUUUCAGCCUUAUGGGACGAUUGAAGAAUGCACAAUACUGCGAGAUCAAAAUGGAAAUAGCAAGGGUUGUGCGUUUGUCAAGUUCUCUACUCACGCUGAGGCACAAGCAGCAAUUAAUGCUCUCCAUGGUAGUCAGACAAUGCCAGAGAUGCUGAGAUUUGAAGUGGCAGAAAUAGCCCACCAGGGUGCCUCUUCAAGUCUAGUUGUGAAAUUUGCUGACACAGAAAAAGAACGACAAUUGCGUCGAAUGCAACAGAUGGCCGGCCCCCUCAGCCUGUUAAACCCGUUUGCUCUCACACAAUUUGGUGGUUAUGGAGGAUACACCCAAGUUAGUACACAGCAAUUAAUGCAACAGCAAGCUGCAAUUAUGGCAGCUGCAGCUACACAAGGGACAUAUCUGGCCAGCCCUAUCGCCUCCCUCGCAGCACAUGUGCAGUCUAUGAAUGCUUUGGGAGCCCCAAAUGGUAUAAGCACAGCAGCCAUCACACCUACAACUGGAUCGCUAGCAAAUGGUACAGCAACAUCACCAGCUAUUAAUGGUGCCCCCAACAUGCUUUCACCAACCGUAACCAGUUUCCCAGUUCCCCAGGCUAACAGCCAAGCACCAGAAGUGUAUGCCAAUGGAAUUCCACAUUAUCCAGCCCAAGCAGUUGCUAAUGGAGAUCCACUUCAAGCCUACGCAGUACAGCCUUAUGCAGGAAUCGCCUACCCGGCUGCGUACGGUCAGUUCCAACAGGCAUUAGCUCAACACGCCACUAUUCUUCCCACAGCACAAAAAGAGGCCAUGCCUAUGUUUCUGCUAUCUCCAGGGCCGGAAGGUUGCAAUCUUUUUAUAUAUCACUUGCCCCAAGAAUUUGGCGAUGCUGAACUAGCCCAGAUGUUCAUGCCUUUUGGUAAUGUUAUUAGUGCCAAAGUCUAUGUCGACCGCGCCACCAAUCAAAGUAAAUGCUUUGGAGGCCAACAAAUACGGCUCACCAAGAAUUACUAAGCAGAUUUUUAAAGAUAUCUUUUAGGAUGUUUACUUCCUAUUCAAACGCUGAAUGCUUUCUCACCAAGGCCAAAAAGGAAAACAAAACAAAAAACAAUAAUAAUAAUUAUAAUAAUAAUAAUAAAACCAAAAAAAAAUAAUGAUAAUAAAAAGAACUGAACAAAAGAAUGUUAAAAGCCUACCGAGGUCACAUUGAAGAGAAGAAAAAUGCUGUAUACAUAUCGAACACGUGUUCAAAGUUAUUUUAUUUAUUUAAUUUAUAUAUUUUUUCCAAAUAUUUUUCCCCCUUUUUUGUGUCAUUUAUUUAUAAACAUAUAUAUAUGUAUAUAUAUCUAUCUGUCUAUAUAUAUAUAUAUAUAUUUCCUCUCAGAAACGGUCAUUAAAUUUUAGGGUGACCAACUGCGUUAGUACUUUAGCUUCCACUGCACUUGUAGUACUGUGUAAUGACUUUUAGAGCUUUUUCGUGGCGAAUAAUAGAGAUUAUUUUAGAAAUUGUUGUCAUUUUUUCCGAUGCUUAUCAUUUCAAAGAUUCAAAAAUGAAUGAGUGAAGUGUGUAAAUUUGCUGAAGACAUUCCAAAGAACACAGGAGGAUUACAGGUGCUUGCAAUGCACAAUUAUCACCUUCAUUUGUAUAAACAUUGCUUCGGUCUACCAUUUUAGCCGCUUCUAUGAAAUAGAUGGAAUAACAGGCUGGUAGAGAAAUGCAUGGGUUGUGCAUAUUUUAGUACAUACACAAAAGAGAGAAAAAAAAACACUCUUAUGUAUAUAGACUGGGUGGGUGGCAAA